AACAUCCAAAACCCAACUUCUCCACCCGAAAAUUAAAACCCAUUUUCAGUCCUAAAAAUCGAAAACUUUUUAGUUAGGGUUUCUAUCUUCUAACGCAAAAAAUAGUUUACACUCUGGUUUCUUCUUUCUGUAGUCUGAUACUGAAAGUGAAUUCGCCAUGCCGCAAGGGGAUUACAUAGAACUGCACAGGAAGAGGCAUGGCUACCGCCUCGACCACUUCGAGCGCAAGCGCAAGAAGGAGGCGCGUGAAGUUCACAAGCGCUCUGAAAGAGCCCAGAAGGCAUUGGGUAUUAAGGGUAAGAUGAUUGCCAAGAAAAACUAUGCUGAGAAGGCCCUCAUGAAGAAAACGUUGGCCAUGCAUGAGGAGUCAACAUCUAGGCGCAAGGUGGAUGAUCAAGUUAAUGAAGGAGCAGUUCCUGCCUAUCUGAUGGAUCGUGAAAAUACACAACGGGCGAAGACGCUCAGCAACACUAUAAAGCAAAAGAGGAAAGAGAAGGCUGGGAAGUGGGAGGUCCCUCUACCCAAGGUGAGGCCUGUUGCAGAAGAUGAAAUGUUUAAAGUGAUUAGAUCUGGCAAACGAAAGACCAAGCAGUGGAAGAGGAUGGUCACUAAAGCUACAUUUGUGGGACCAGGUUUUACAAGAAAACCUCCCAAGUAUGAGCGUUUUAUCCGUCCCUCAGGAUUGCGUUUUACAAAAGCCCAUGUAACUCACCCUGAACUCAAAUGCACCUUCAAUCUUGAAAUCAUUGGAGUGAAGAAAAAUCCUAAUGGUCCAAUGUAUACAUCUCUUGGUGUUAUAACAAAAGGAACCAUCAUUGAGGUGAAUGUCAGUGAAUUAGGUCUUGUCACACCAGCUGGCAAAGUUGUAUGGGGGAAAUAUGCUCAAGUAACAAAUAAUCCAGAGAAUGAUGGUUGUAUAAAUGCUGUCCUUCUCGUCUAGGAGACCAGUGAAAAAAAAAAAAGCUCCUCCAUCAACGUGGAACACAAACUCCUAAAUCCUAACUGCUCUGUUUACUUGCAUCAGAAGCCACUUCACCUUGUUAGCGCUAUUUGAGUGUUUUCUUUUUCUUCUUCUUGGCGUCAAGUUGAAAGUGCUGGCUAUCACAUGAUAUACAUCUUUAUUAUGUCAAUUUUGUCAAGUUAGGAGAAUACUUGUGGGCAUCAUAUCAGGCUGUUUUAACAAUGUUCAAUGGUUUUUCUUUUCACUAAAUUUUGUUAGUCGUUCCUGUAAGUUGAUAAUGAUUUGCGUUGCUUUGGUUGGUAAACUGUUUUGGUCUGUAAAUCAUGCGCAAGCUGACAUUUUUCUUUCACCCGUUAUAUUAAAGCUGAGAUUUUUUAGCCUAA